CCGCCGCCGCCGCCGCCGCCGCCGCCAGCCCCGGCUGCCCGGCGCGGAAGAUGCUGCGGCUCUGCCUGCUCGCCCUGCACGCUCUCCGGAUGGCCCGGGCCGCGCCGCUCUCGCCUGGGUCCUGCGCUUUUGAGGACAGCGCCUGCGGCUACGAGUGGGACUACGCGCAUCUGCCCUGGGCGCUGCACGGCGAAGGACAUUACAUUUCUGUGGACACAUCUUAUGAGGGUGAGAAGGCCGUGCUUGUCAGUCCUGACUUAUAUUCUGAAGAGUGGAGCUGCAUGAGACUGAUUUAUCAGAUAGCAACCGCUGUGACUUCAUUGGAUCCUGCCAGGCUCAACCUGUACUUGAGGAAAGAAGGAGAAAGCUUUGAUAGUUUACUGUGGUCAGCCAAGGAGCCUUCAGAUAGUUGGCUCAUAGCCAGUUUAGAUUUAACAAACAGCACAAAGAAGUACAAGAUUGUACUGGAAGCUGAAAUGGGACAAGAUAAAUCUGCCAGUAUAGCAGUUUUUGAAAUUAAAAUAACUCCUGGAUAUUGUAUUGAAUGUGACUUUGAAGAAAAUCAUCUUUGUGGCUUUGUGAACCGCUGGAACCCCAAUGUGAAUUGGUUUGUUGGAGGGGGAAACAUUCGCAAUUCCCAGUCUAUCCUUCCCAAAGACCACACACUUAACAAUGAAUUGGGUCACUACAUGUAUGUAGACUCCAUUUACGUCAAACAUUUUCAGGAGGUGGCUCAGCUAAUCUCACCAAAGACUACAGCUCCGAUGUCUGGCUGCUUAUCUUUUUAUUACCAACUUAAGCAGGAGAGCAGCAUUGUUUUUACUCUUUACUUGAGAGAUAUGAGUGGCUCUUAUGAAGAGAUCUGGAAAACAGACAGCGCCUCGACUGGAGACUGGGCAUUAGCUGAAGUCGACUUCAGUGCACCAUACCCAAUGGAGGUAGUAUUUGAAGUUGCUUUCAAUAGUGCCAAGGGAGGUUAUGUUGCCCUCGAUGACAUUUCUUUCUCUCCGGUUUACUGCAGCAAUCAGACAGGAAUUCUCUUCAAUCCUGCUGAUGCAGGCUGCAAUUUUGAGGAAGAUCUGUGUAAUUUUUACCAGGAUCACAAGGAUGUCCCAGGAUGGAGCAGAGUGAAAGUGAAGCGCAAUGUGUAUAGAGCAGGAGAUCACACUACUGGGUUUGGUUAUUACUUGCUGGCAAACACAAAGUUUACAUCACAACCUGGGUACAUUGGACGUCUGUAUGGCCCAACCCUGCCAGGAAACUUGCAGUUUUGUCUGCGUUUUUAUUACGCUUUGUAUGGCUUUUUCAAAAUGAGUGGCACCCUUGCUGUUUAUAUCUUUGAGGAGAAUCAUGUGGUUCAAGAGAAAAUCUGGUCUGUCUUGGACUCUCCAAGGGGUGUUUGGACUCAAGCUGAAAUCUCCUUCAAAAAACCAAUGCCUUGCAAGGUUGUCUUUGUGAGUUGGUGUAAGAGCUUCUGGGACUGUGGACUUGUGGCACUGGAUGAUAUAUCAUUGAGCCUGGGAAGCUGUCAGGCUGCUGAUCUCUUGCCACCCUCUCCUGGUGAGUGUACUUUUGAAAAAGAUGAGUGUAUUUUUACCCAGAAGAAGAGAGGUCGUGGGAGCUGGCAAAGGAGGCGGGGUCCAACUCCUACCUCUUACACUGGACCAAAAGGGGACCACACUACCGGGGUAGGAUACUACAUGUAUAUAGAGGCAUCCAACAUGGUCUAUGGACAGAGAGCAUACCUAAUUUCAAGAUCACUAAGAGGGACCUCUGGAAAACAAUGCUUGACAUUUUUCUAUCACAUGUAUGGAGCUGGGACCGGAUUAUUAAGCGUUUAUCUAAAAAGAGAAGGUGAUGAUGAAGAGAUUCCUUUGUGGAGGAGGACAGGGGAACAAAGCAUAUCGUGGCUAAGGGCAGUGAUAGAAUACGAAAGUGAUAGAAACUACCAGAUUAUUUUUGAAGCAAUCCGUGGGGUGUCAAUGAGAAGUGACACAGCUAUUGAUGAUAUUCUGUUCCAAGCAGGACCCUGUUUAGAAGUGGAAGAAAUUCAAUUCUCAUCAGGCUAUCCAGACAGCUUAAAUGAAAUUGAGUAUUAAAUACAAUCUGCUGAAAGGAGUGGAAUGCAUAGAAAGCUUUUAUGUGAGAAACUGCACAAUGGCCUGCUUUAAAAUGUGCUUUAAGUGAAGACUGGACUCAUUUGGAUAAUCACCCAAGUGUAGGAAAAACUCAGAGCACUCGUGUUCCUCGCCUUUGCAAUGAAAUUAUUGACUCAGGGCUUCUUAGACUGUUUUUUAAUUUUAAUUUUUUUCUCUUUUGCAUGAGGUUAUCAAUUACUAUAUAGAGGCUUCCCAUUUUGCACAGAUCAUUCAACACAGUAUUUUAGUGCUUUUUUUUUUUUUUCUGGUGUGUAAAUCUUCCUGGUAUAUAGGUAAGAAGAGGAAAGCAAAGGUGCACAAUUAAAAUCUAAUAUUGUGUUAUCUUAAAUCUGCAUUCAGUGAAUGUUUUGCGUUGGGUACAGAAUGGCUUUAUGUUAAGGAAAUAAUAAAUACUUUAAGAGAAUAAAGAAAAUAGUAUUAGAUACUACUAACAUCCUACAGGCUAAGUGCAAUUAUUCAUAAGACAAUUCUCUCUGGGAAACUCUUAACACUUUGCUGGUAAUUUUUGUGUUUUUGUAUUCCUUUACUAUAAGAAAUAUAUUUGUCAUUCUUAGCAAUAAGAAGCUCACUUCUCACAUUUCAGUAUAAAUCAGUGUAACCUACUGCCAAAUAAAACAGUUUGUACACUCACAAAGAAUGUACUCACAUUUCACCCAACCACAACGCCUUGCAAUUGUAUUGGUAAGAUACUGAAUUCACACAACCUGUUAAUUUUGAAGACUUUUUUUUAUAUUUGUGUUUGAAGUUUUGUUUUGAAAACAUUAAAACUUCCUAAUAAAAUAUGACUUUGAAAAUUGUCUGCUUCAGACUUUAGUUAUUGGAGCAAUUAAGAACUUAAUAUAAUAGCCUGCAUUUAUUCUUGUGAAUGUGAAAAAAUGAAGAGCGUGGGUUGCGUAACACGGAAAGUGGUUUGAUCUUCUACAGGAAGUUCCUGUGCUGACCCAUAGAAGCGAUUCUAACAUACUAGCUGUUUCUGCAAGAUAGGCACCCUGAAAAAUGGAAAUAGCCUUUGAUCCUUUCAGAACAGAGGAUAUGGCAUUUCUAAUUGGCUUUAAGUAUCAACAGGACCUUGGACAUGCUAGAUCAGGUUCCUGUUUUUCCAUGAAUGUUUUAGAUACCCUCCACCCAAAGCCUGUUACAUGGAGAGGUACAGAGUAGGAAAAAAACCACAAACUAGCCUGUUAGGCUUUUCAUUUUGAUGACACACAUACACACAAAAUUGUUCAGUAAAAUACAUUCAGUAGUAACAUGUAUAUUUGCUUUGAUUGACAUAAGUUGACACAGUUUAUUUCCCAGAAACUGAGAGACACACCAAAGAAGUGACAUUUUAGCUGCCUGUCGUAGCUACCCCCAGUCCUGCUGACAGCUGGUUACCAACCACCAUUCCUGCAAUUAUGUUAUGCAAAUGAAACCAAGCAAAAUCAGUGGACUGUUUCCUAAAGUUCACGUGGUCUUACAAUUGUUCUACAAAGCUAUUCUUUUGGUAUCAUCACUCAUUCAGAUCAAAUUAUUUAUUUAAAAAAAGUGAAAGUGAAGUCAUUAAAUUCACCACAUUUGAUGAUUCUCCAUACUUCUGACUUCUCUGUAAAAGAAAAUGAAGCAGAAGGUGUAACUGCCGUAGCCCUGUCUCUAACAGCUUCAUUUAGUUAUGCUUCCUUCCACCAAAGUAAUCAGUUUCAGACUGAUACAGAUGAGAACAUAAGUAAAUUAUUCUUCUCACAGUGGUUCUCUAGGAACCUCACUGGUACAGCUAUUUUGAAGAUACCAGCGAGGAUAAUAUUCAUCCCACAACAUUUCUGCUUCUGCGGGAGUUAAAAAAUGGAGGGAGAAUUUGAAAAAUGGCUUUAAAUCACUUUCAGUCCAAGGGCUGUGAGACAUCUGAAAAACAGAGAAGAUGUACUCAGAUUUCUCUACUGGCAAACUUCAGUUUUACGGUGAUGUAAAAACACCCCAUUAGUUACAAAACUCCCUAUGCACCUGAUUUCUUUCCUGGAUCCAUUUUUGUGUACUCUCUAUUACUUUCUCACUGCAGAGUAACUGUACAGGGAGCACAGAAGGGCAAAGACCAGUUCUGAGAUAGUUCUGCACUCAGCCUAUUCAUUGUCUGAGCAUUUCUUCAAGAACAACUGGAGAACCCACAAGUAAUUACUUUGAGUUGUGGUACAAUCCGUACAAUGGCUAUGAAAACUUCAAAAGCUGCUACAAGCACCCAGACACUAGAAAGCUUGUAUCUGAUUGCUGUAAUUGCAGAGUUGUGCUGCAGUCAAACUGAACUUGUCCUCAAAGCAGAGGAAAAGGUCUUUUAAUACCCUCUUGCAUAAUAGUCUUUUAAAUUCUUUAAAUGUUUUCCAUU